CCUCCUCCUCCUCUCCAAAUUUCACCUCCCCCCGUGCAUAUGGUAUGAAAGCCGCCUCGUCUUCGCCCUUUUAUUUUUCCUUCUCCUUCUCUUGAAUCUUUGCCGCCCACUUGCUGUUUAGUGAAGAGUGAGAGAAUGUUGGGUUAUAGAUUGGUAAAAAGAUUGAUUUGUUAUGGCUGUCUCUCGUGCAAUUUUUUAUAAUUGGAUAUGGAUUGCGAGGCUUGUCCUUUCACCAAACUCCCAGCACUAUAGCAGUUGCUGAUAGGUUUUAACAUUGUGGGAUUGUGGUGAAAGUAAGGAUCAAUGGGGCGCUUAAGGCUACAAUCAAAUAUCAAUGCAAUCGAAGAGGAACCUGAAGACUGUGAGACUACUUCUUCCAAUAAAGCUGCUUUAGCAUGUAUGGUUAAUUCAGAAAUAGGAGCUGUUUUGGCAGUCAUGAGGAGGAAUGUUAGGUGGGGAGGUCGCUAUGUUUCAGGAGAUGAUCAGCUGGAGCACUCUCUUAUCCAGUCUCUCAAGACAUUGAGGAAACAAAUAUUUGUAUGGCAGCAUCAGUGGCAAACAAUCAAUCCAGUCCUGUAUCUCCAGCCUUUUCUAGAGGUGAUUCGAUCUGAUGAGACCGGUGCUCCAAUCACAGGUGUUGCAUUGUCAUCGGUUUACAAGAUUUUGACUCUUGAUGUGCUUGAUUUAAGUACAGUCAACAUUGAAGAAGCCAUGAACUUGGUAGUUGAUGCUGUGACUAGCUGCAGAUUUGAGAUAACUGAUCCUGCAUCUGAAGAAGUUGUAUUGAUGAAGAUACUUCAGGUUCUUUUGGCUUGCAUGAAAGGGAAAACAUCUGUUGUUCUAAGUAAUCAGCAUGUCUGCACUAUUGUCAACACAUGCUUCCGGGUUGUUCAUCAAGCUGGAACAAAAGGUGAACUAUUACAACGGAUAGCUCGCCACACAAUGCAUGAACUGAUCAGGUGUAUCUUUUCACACCUUCCAGAUGUUGACAACACAGAAUGUUCUCUAGUUAAAGGAGGCACUCCUAUUAAGCAUGAGGUCGGUGGAAUUGAUGCAGACUACAGCUUUGGUAGCAAAUCAGAGAAUGGUAGUGAGUACAAUGGCCAACUUGGAAAUGUUGCUUCUGAUAUUUCAACUGGUCUCAAUGUGAUGGGCAAUAGUGCUGGGAAGACAGAUAGUGGCAAGGAUUCUGUUCCUUAUGAUUCGCAUCUGAUGACUGAACCUUACGGUGUUCCCUGCAUGGUUGAGAUAUUUCACUUCCUAUGUUCAUUGUUGAAUGUUGUUGAACAUAUGGGAAUGGGCCCUAAAGCAAAUUCUAUAGCUUUUGAUGAAGAUGUACCUCUUUUUGCCUUAGGUUUGAUCAAUUCAGCUAUUGAAUUGGGUGGCCCUGCAAUUACACAUCAUCCUAGAUUGUUGAGUUUGGUAGAGGAUGAACUAUUUCGUAACCUAAUGCAGUUUGGCUUGUCAACGAGCUCACUAAUUCUUUCCAUGGUCUGCAGUAUUGUUCUCAAUCUCUAUCAGCACUUGCGUACUGAACUUAAGUUACAACUUGAGGCUUUCUUUUCCUGUGUGAUAUUAAGGCUCUCGCAAAGCCGUUAUGGGGCUUCAUAUCAGCAACAGGAGGUAGCGAUGGAGGCUCUUGUUGAUUUUUGUAGGCAAAAAACAUUCAUGGUAGAGAUGUAUGCAAAUUUAGACUGUGAUAUUACUUGCGGCAAUGUGUUUGAAGAACUUGCGAAUUUGCUGUCCAAGAGUGCAUUUCCUGUGAAUAGUCCUUUAUCUGCAAUGCAUAUCCUUGCCUUGGAUGGUUUGAUUGCUGUUAUUCAGGGGAUGGCUGAGAGGAUAGGAAAUGGAUUGUUUAAUUCAGAACCUGCUCCUGUAAAUCUUGAGGAAUAUACUCCAUUCUGGAUGCUGAAGUGUGAGAACUAUAAUGAACCCGACAAGUGGGUUCCCUUUGUUCGUCGGAGGAAAUACAUCAAAAGACGUUUGAUGAUUGGUGCUGAUCACUUCAACAGGGAUCCAAAGAAAGGGUUAGAAUUUCUUCAGGGCACACAUCUGUUGCCUGAAAAACUUGACCCCCAAAGCGUGGCUUGUUUUUUUAGGUAUACUGCUGGUUUAGAUAAAAAUCUUGUUGGAGAUUUUCUGGGGAAUCAUGAUGAGUUUUGUGUUCAGGUUCUUCAUGAAUUUGCUAAAACAUUUGAUUUCCAAGAUAUGAACCUAGAUAUCGCGUUGCGUUUAUUUUUGGAGACUUUUCGACUGCCUGGAGAAUCGCAAAAGAUACAAAGGGUGCUUGAGGCAUUUUCAGAGAGAUACUAUGAGCAAUCACCGCAGAUUUUAGCUAAUAAAGAUGCGGCUCUCUUGCUUUCUUAUUCAUUAAUAAUGCUCAACACUGACCAGCAUAACGUCCAGGUGAAGAAAAAGAUGACAGAAGAGGAUUUCAUUCGAAACAAUCGGCACAUUAAUGGAGGUAAUGAUCUUCCUCGUGAAUUUCUCUCUGAGCUGUAUCAUUCUAUCUGCAAGAAUGAAAUCCGCACAACACCAGAACAAGGUGCUGGAUUUGCCGAAAUGACCCCCAGUCGUUGGAUUGAUCUAAUGCACAAAUCCAAAAAAAGUGCCCCUUACAUUGUCUCUGAUUCUAGAGCGUACCUUGACCAUGACAUGUUUGCAAUAAUGUCUGGUCCUACAAUUGCUGCCAUUUCUGUUGUUUUUGAUCAUGCAGAACAUGAAGAAGUUUACCAAACGUGUAUUGAUGGGUUUCUAGCUGUGGCAAAAAUUUCAGCAUGUCAUCAUCUUGAAGAUGUCUUGGAUGAUCUUGUAGUGUCUCUCUGUAAGUUCACAACAUUGUUAAAUCCCUCAUCUGUUGAGGAACCUGUUCUGGCCUUUGGUGAUGAUUGCAAGGCACGGAUGGCCACUGUCACAGUGUUCACUAUAGCAAACAGAUAUGGCGAUUUUAUCCGUACUGGAUGGAGAAACAUAUUGGAUUGCAUCUUAAGGUUGCAUAAACUGGGGCUUCUUCCUGCUCGUGUGGCCAGUGAUGCAGCUGAUGACUCAGAGAUGUCCCCUGAGCCAGGACAGGGAAAGCCUCUUACAAAUUCUUUAUCUUCUGUUCAAGUGCAAGCCAUAGGUACUCCUAGAAGAUCCUCUGGAUUGAUGGGCCGAUUCAGUCAGCUCCUGUCAUUAGAUACGGAAGAACCAAGGUCUCAACCCACUGAACAACAACUUGCUGCUCAUCAACGCACACUCCAGACUAUUCAAAAAUGUCAUAUUGACAGCAUAUUCACUGAAAGUAAAUUUCUGUUGGCUGAGUCUUUAUUACAGCUUGCACGUGCACUCAUAUGGGCUGCUGGGAGACCUCAGAAGGGUAGUAGUUCUCCUGAGGACGAGGACACCGCAGUUUUUUGUUUGGAGUUGCUUAUUGCAAUUACCCUGAAUAAUAGAGACCGGAUUGGACUCCUCUGGCAGGGUGUCUAUGAGCACAUAGCUAACAUUGUUCAGUCAACUGUAAUGCCAUCCGCCCUGGUUGAGAAGGCUGUCUUUGGGCUCCUCCGUAUUUGUCAGAGGCUGCUCCCAUAUAAAGAGAACUUGGCUGAUGAACUUUUGAGAUCACUCCAACUGGUUCUCAAACUUGAUGCGAGGGUUGCAGAUGCAUACUGUGAGCAAAUAACCCAGGAAGUUAGUCGUCUGGUGAAGGCAAAUGCUACUCACAUCAGAUCACAACUGGGAUGGCGAACUAUUGCAUCGUUACUUUCUAUUACAGCUAGACACCCUGAAGCUUCUGAAUCAGGGUUUGAUGCCCUGUUGUUUAUUAUGUCAGAUGGAGCCCACUUAACUCCAGCGAAUUAUGUUCUUUGUAUAGAUGCAGCAAGGCAGUUUGCCGAGUCUCGAGUUGGACAGGCUGAUAGAUCUGUUCGCGCGAUAGACCUUAUGGCAGGUUCUGUUGCUUGUUUAACACGGUGGGAUGAAGAUGCCAAGGGAGCUAUGGCUGAGGCAGAAGCCUUGAAACUGUCACAGGAGAUUGGAGAGAUGUGGCUGAGGCUUGCCCAGGCAUUAAGAAAAGUAUGUCUGGAUCAGAGAGAGGAGGUGAGAAACCAUGCACUUUUAUCAGUGCAAAUGUGCUUGACAGGAGUGGAGGGGAUUCAUCUUCCACAUGCUUUAUGGUUGCAGUGUUUUGAUAUGGUCAUAUUCACUAUGCUUGAUGACUUGACUGAAAUAGCACAGGGACAUUCCCAGAAAGACUACAGAAACAUGGAAGGAACACUCGUCCUUGCCCUGAAACUCUUGACUAAAGUGUUUUUGCUAUUGCUUCAUGAGCUGUCACAGUUGACGACCUUCUGCAAAUUGUGGUUGGGGGUGCUUAGUCGGAUGGAAAAGUAUAUGAAGGUGAAAGUCAGAGGGAAAAAAAGUGAAAAGCUUCAGGAAUUGGUACCAGAGCUACUGAAGAAUACCUUGCUUGUCAUGAAGACAAAGGGGGUGCUCGUACAGAGGAGCGCUCUUGGAGGAGACAGCUUGUGGGAGCUAACAUGGUUGCACGUGAAUAAUAUCGUUCCUUCUCUGCAAUCCGAAUUGUUCCCUGGUAAUGAAUUAGAGCAGUCCGACAGUAAACUCGGUGAAAUGGGUAAAAAUACAUUGCCAAACGAAACUGGUUCUGCCCAAGAGGAAUGGCAUCCAUGAUCCGUUACUGUGUUUGUAUUGUUUUGCUCUCAUGAUUAAGCUUGCAAGGUAUUACAAUCUAGAUUAGAGUUUAGGGUUUUCGUAAACUUACACUUGCUGUACACUAGAGAUUUGCUCAAGGCAAUCAAUCGACCGUAUUUUGUAGCACUAAAAGCAUGGAAAGGGCGAGUAUUUUCUUGGUUGCGCGAGAAGCUUGAGUAGGACGUUUUUCUCAGGCAGUCUAUAUUCUAUUUGCUGAUGUUGUACAGAAUCUGAAGAUGUAAUCUGUAUUUCUGAAUGUGUCACUGUAGUUUGAUCGGCA